AUGAUAAAGUCUCAUUCUUAUCUAUCUCAAUUAUUUUUGUUCCCUCUAGAUAAUUUCAGCAGCCAAGAAUUGAUUAAUGGAUGGAACAAUAAGUCAGUGGUUACUGAAUUCAUUUUGUUGGGCCUGUCUAGCUCUUGGGAACUCCAGCUCUUCCUUUUCUUCAUCUUCUCUAUGUUUUAUGGAGCUGCAGUGUUGGGAAACAUCCUCAUCAUUCUCACAGUAAUUAUCGACACUCACUUGCAUUCCCCAAUGUACUUUCUUCUUAGCAAUCUCUCCUUCAUUGAUGUGUGCCAGGCUACAUUUGCCACUCCCAAGAUGAUUGCAGAUUUCCUCAAUCAACAUAAGACAAUCACUUUCCAGGGAUGCAUGUCCCAGAUCUUUUUCUUACAUGUGUUUGGGGGUAGUGAGAUGGUGCUUCUUGUUGCGAUGGCCUAUGACAGAUACAUCGCCAUAUGCAAACCUCUACACUACAUGACCAUCAUGAGCCGAAGGGUGUGCACACUUCUAGUGGGGAUCUCCUGGACUACUGGCAUCCUGCACUCAGCCAGCCACCUGGCAUUCACAGUCAAUCUGCCUUUCUGUGGACCCAACACGGUGGACAAUUUUUUCUGUGACCUUCCCCUAGUGAUCAAGCUUGCCUGCUUAGACACUUACGUUUUGGAGAUCCUGGUGCUCAUCAACAGUGGGCUGCUCUCACUUAUCUGUUUCCUCCUUUUGCUCAUUUCUUACACUAUCAUCCUUGCUACUGUCCAUCGCCGAGCCUCUGGUGGGAUAUCCAAGGCAUUCUCCACCUUAUCUGCCCACAUUACAGUUGUAUUUCUGUUCUUUGGCCCAUUAAUCUUCAUCUAUAUUUGGCCCUUUGAUAGUUUCCCAAUUGAUAAGUUUAUCUCUGUGUUUUUUACUGUCUUUACUCCUCUCCUUAAUCCCGUGAUUUACACUCUGAGAAAUAAAGAUGUAAAGGAAGCCAUGAAGAAGCUCAGGAGCCGACACGUGGAUACCAAGCAGGAUUUCUAG